AUGAACUUUGAUGAGGAACUAGCUUCGGUAGCUUGUUGCAUCCACCUUACUCUUUCCUGUAUCCUCUCUUCUCCAAAUCACAGCAACGUCUUCAAUCAGGUCGAGGCGAACUCAAUCGAGAUCUGGAAGUUCAACAUGUUCUUUUUGGUGAUCGAGUACUCUCAGAAGACCGUGCUUCCGAUACCGCUGAAUGUGAUUGAGACUCUGAUAGAAUUCUUUCUCUAUCUGCAUGUCUGUCUUCGCAAAAGGAAGACUCACGACUAUGGUGAGUCUACGCAACGAUGCAAGCUUUGUCUGUUAAUCUUAUUUGUUUUAGGCUAUCGUUGA